AUGGAGAAGCUGAGAAACCAUGUAAGAGCAUGGAAAGGCCAAUCCGACAGGGUUGAGGAUCUAUCACGGAGUCAAUAUUCCCUGGUUUCCAAUGGGGACCUGACAGCUGACGCAUUGCAGCUAUGGCUUAGGUUACCUGAUGAAAUCAAAUACGAUCCUGCACUAGACCAGUUCAAGCAGCAUUAUGAAAAAGAACAUGGUAUUAUAGAUCAAACUCCACUAAAAUCAAUAAGUAGUCCAACAAAGAGGCUACCUUCGGUCCAUUCUGCCCCUCACCUCAAUGAAAAUGUGUAUGAGCCGAAAGAAGAAGUAGCAGUUGUCAAGAGGAUAAGACCAGAAGCAAAAGAACAAAAGCAAGAGAGAAUUCUUCAAAAUGAAGAUCAGCCAUCAAAAAAGAAAACCAAAAUGGCACAAGCUGGUUACACGGUGAAAAUAACGCUACUCGUAGGAGUAUGGAUGUUUUUCACUGUUGUGUUUUUGAUGCAUAAUGAGAAAUCGGAAAUCACCAGGCACUCCUCAGUGGCUCCUGGACAAAUAAAGGACUACAUCCUUAACACAGAGCAGGCGAAGCUAUCAAUAUACCUGAAGCUGACAGGGCCCUUUAUAUCAGAACAGUAUCAGAAGAAACUUAACGAUCGUGUCAAGUCAAAUAUGACUGCAAUGCGAGUCUGGCUUGAGAAGUGGCACCUGAAGAAAGACAGGAACGAUUAUAGCGGCGCUGAUGAUAUUGCCCACAGGCUGGCAUCAUCCCCAUGGACAAUAGUCCUUGAAAACGAAAAUCAAAUGGACUUUCAAGAAAGCGAGACCCGCUCCGUGGUCCUACAAUUAGACACCAUACACACUAACAGCACUAAGUACGCAGUGAGAAUGAGCUCCAACUCCAAUGUCACUGUGCCCUUCACCCUGAGUUAUACGGUGGACCCCCUCGAUCCCACUGCUGGAGUCAUAUAUGCAUUAGUUCUGCUAUGUGCUUUGUAUGUUCUUAUUGUGUUUGAGAUUAUCAACAGGACCAUGGCAGCUCUCUUAUUGUCUACCGCAUCUCUAGCCGUCUUGUCUAUGGCUGGUGAAAGACCAACUUUAACGGAGCUCGUGACCUGGAUAGACGUGGAGACGCUCCUGCUACUGUUCAGCAUGAUGCUGAUAGUAGCUAUAAUGACGGAGACAGGAGUGUUUGAUUAUAUUGCUGUGUUAACGUUUAAGUUCGCGAAAGGCAGGAUAUGGCCGCUGAUAACGUCGCUGUGUGCCAUCACUUCUGUGGUGUCUCUGUUACUUGACAACGUCACCACCGUGCUCUUCAUGACUCCUGUAACCAUACGGCUUUGUGAAGUAAUGGACUUAGACCCUAUUUCGGUGCUGAUGGCCAUGGUAAUAUUCUGUAACUUGGGAGGUACUGCAACUCCUGUUGGUGAUCCGCCGAACGUCAUCAUAGCUUCUAACAAAGUUGUUGUCCAAUCUGGUGUGAAUUUUACCAACUUCUCCUUACACAUGUCUCUGGGGAUCCUGCUCGUAUGUAUACAGACGUACAUACAUCUCAGAUUUAUAUAUAGAGAUACGACAAAGUUAAAGCUGACCGAGUCCAGAGAAGUCCUGGAUCUCCGUCACCAGAUCUCUAUCUGGCGUCGUGCGGCAGACUCCCUCCAGCACCUAUCUCGCGAUGAGCUGGUGGUUCGAGAGCGGCUCGAACGUAAGGUGAAGAAGCUCACCGCGAGACUUAACGCCCUCGUGAUAGAGACUCGACGCAGAGCCUACCCCAAAGACUAUUACGAGACCAUGCUGGCUGAUAUGAAACAAAAGCAUAAAAUAAGAAACAAGCCCCUUCUUGUGAAGUGCGCCGUGACCCUCGCGUUCGUCGUGCUCACAUUUUUUCUACAUGUCAUACCAGAAUUCAAUCGAGUGUCCCUAGGCUGGACAGCACUCCUGGGUGCUCUGCUGUUACUGAUGCUGGCUGACCGCGAGGACCUGGAGCCAGUGCUCCACAGGAUCGAGUGGUCUACUCUACUGUUCUUUGCAGCGCUCUUCGUACUCAUGGAAGCUUUAGCCAAGCUGGGUCUGAUAGACUACAUAGGAGGUAUGACUGAAGCUCUCAUCCUGAGAGUGGAUGAGAGCGACCGACUCGCUGUGGCUUUAGUCCUCAUGGUGUGGGUAUCGGGUAUCACAUCAGCGUUCGUCGACAACGUACCAUUGACGACUAUGAUGAUCAGGGUAGUGACGUCACUGGGCACGAACCCCACACUCAACUUGCCCAUGACGCCGCUCAUAUGGGCACUUUCAUUUGGAGUAUGUUUAGGAGGUAACGGCACUUUAAUAGGAGCCAGCUCAAACGUGGUAUGCGCAGGAGUUGCAGAACAGCACGGCUACCGGUUCAGUUUUAUGCAAUUCUUUAAAAUUGGCUUCCCAGUCAUGUUAGGACACCUCGUUGUCGCCACUUUCUAUCUACUAAUAUGUCAUUGUGUAUUCCAAUGGCAUUAA